AUGUUUUCAAAAAAAUUGUCAAAACCAAAGAUUCCUGCUUCUAGGUUGGCCAAGUUACAAAAUUCACAUCAAGACACAUCUCCCAAUAUACCACCAACAACUAGUAAUGUUCCAGUUGAACAAAAUAAAGACGAUUUUCCUGAUUGUAUAAAUGAAGAAAUAAUUAGAAAAAGAAUGGAAAUGUCAAUUCGUACAUACAAAACAUCAAUUCAUAAACCAUGGCCAAAGAUUCCUAAAGGACAAUCAAAAUUAUUUUUUGAAUGUACACUUUUUUUAUACUCAGUUUUGGCAUUAUUUCUUCAAUAUUUAAAUAUUUACAAAACAUUGUGGUGGUUACCAAAAUCAUAUUGGCAUUAUUCAAUGAAACUACAUCUUGUCAAUCCAUACUUAUUAUCAUGUGUUGGUCUUAUUUUAGGUGCCAGAGUGACGAAAUGUUUUUGGGAAACAGUUUCUCAGACGUUAGAAAUUGCUGGAAAUUAUUUUCCUAAAUAUCAAACAUUUUUUGUAACAUUUGUUGAAUAUUUUAUCUUAAAAUUUCCAAUGAUGACUCUGAUAACAUCAAGUUUUUUCUUUUCUUUUGUCAAAAUUUAUAAAGACUAUCCAAUAAGUAAAGUUAUGUAUUUUUUACAACCAAUAAUUUUAUUUAUAAUAAUAUUUCGUAAUGAAAUAUUUGUUAAAAUAAAACAAUUUUAUCUUUGUUUUGCAGAGUUAAAACGAUUCGAUUAUACUAUGACACAUUUAAUUAAAAAUCUCAAGAAUUUCUUUUUAAAUUUUUUUAAAGAUCCUUAUUAUCUUGAUGUGGAGUAUGUUCAACAUUUUUGUGGAGCUAAUCCAUAUUAUGCAAAAGGUGAAUUCCAGUAUUUAUCAAUGGAUUUAUCAUUACGUAUCCGACAUGCAUUAUUUGUUGGUAUUUCAACAGCUUACCUUGCAAUUUUAAUUCCCUGUAUAUUUACUCCGGUAAAAUCUGUUACUGGUAAUCCUAUAUAUAUGCAUUUGGAUUAUAUGUGGAUAUUUGAAUUAUUUAUUAUUGUUGCAUUUACAUCAUUUUCACUUUAUAUUGCUUUCCUUAUUCCAAUUCAUUAUCUUGAUUUAUUUCACAAAAAUGCCGUUCAUUUAGGAUGUUUUGAAAAGUUACCUGAAAAUGAAUAUAGAGCCAAAGUACAAAAAUGGGAACCAUACUAUGAAUAUAAGGCAAAUACUAUUGUUGAACAUAAUGGUGUUCAAUAUUUAGCAAUACCCCAUGAAUUGGUAAAUUCAUGUGUAGCAGAACCAGGAAAUAUUUCUCAUUAUCUUUGUUAUAAAUUAAAUGCUGAUCCUGUUUUUAUUCCAAAUAUUUUAAUAUUUUAUCAGGCAUUUUUAAUAGCUUUUCAAUUUUGGAUGUUAUGUUUAACAAUAGAUUGGCAACAUAUUGUAACACUAGUAUUGUUAAUGUUUGCCAAUUUUUUGUUAUUAGCAAAAUUUUUUAAAGAUCGUGUUGUAUUAGGAAGGAUACAUAAUCCAACAUUUGAAGAUAUAAAAUUAAUAAGUGAAUUAAAAAAUGAACUUUCAAUGACACUUAUGAGAGAAAAACAGAAAAUAAUGGAUUCUAAUAAAAUAGUUGAAUUAAUAACAAUGCCUGUUGAAAUUUUACUUGAAAAUAAAACAAAAGUAGUAGGAAAUGUAUUUUCAAUUGAUCCAGAAACAUUUAAUUUUAUUAUAACAAUAUUUAAAAAUGAAAAUGAAAUUGAAUCAAUUGAAUUUAUACCAAAAAUGACUAUUGUUGAAUUUAAAGUUUUAAAUAAAGAUCAAAUGUUAGAAUAUCCUAAAGCAUGUUUCAAAGAUAAAGAAUUUAUUAGUAAAAUAUUUGAACAAUUUCUUCCAAAUGAAGUAAAUACAAAAAAUUAUUGUGAAGAAGAUGUGUUAAAACGUCAAAAAUCAUUAUUGGAAUUUCUUGAAAUAAAAAAAAUUCAACAGGUAAAAAUUGAAUCUGAAACACAAGCAAUUUUAAUAGCAAAAAAUUUUCGUAUAAAUCCACCUUAUGAAAUCAAUGAUAUUGUUUGUUCUAUGCCUCAUAUUUUAAAACGAAUGAAGGUUGUACUUCAACCAUUUUAUGAAUCUUAUUAA